AUGUUUGCUCAGCAACCAGCGCCAUUCAAGGAACCUGAUAGAGAUGUUCAGAGCUUGCUGAACCUUGGUCAUGUUCGGGCAGAGAUCGAGUUUCUUGCAGAUGUCAUUCUCUGCAAGCAGAAGAUGGGAGGAGAAAGAGAGACGGAGAACACAAAGGAAUCUUGGACGAAUAUUCUCGUGGGAUGGAAAUUUGCUCGCACACAAAGCAUACCGGAUGCUACAGAUAAUUUCUCAAAUGCAAACAAACUUGGACAAGGGGCCUAUGGACCUGUUUACAAGGGCAAGUUUGUUGGAGAUCAAGAAAUCGCGGUAAAGAGGUUAUCAAGGGCUUCAAGACAAGGCUUACAGGAAUUUAAGAAUGAGGUGGUGCUGAUUGCCAAACUUCAACACCGAAACCUUGUUAGGCUUAAAGGAUUUUGCAUCGAAGGAGAAGAAAAAAAUUUACUCUAUGAGUACAUGCCUAACCAAAGUCUAGACUUCUAUAUAUUUGAUCAUACAAAAAGCAUGGUUCUCAAUUGGGAGAUGCGCUUCAACAUCAUUUUGGGAAUCGCUCGAGGACUUCUUUAUCAUCAUCAAGAUUCCCGAUUGAGGAUCGUUCACAGAGAUUUGAAAACCAGCAACAUUCUCUUAGAUGAGGAGAUGAACCCCAAGAUAUCUGACUUCGGCUUGGCGAGGAUUGUUGGAGGCAAAGAAACUGAGUCGAAUACAAACACUGUAGUUGGAACUUAUGGUUAUAUGUCUUCAGAGUACGCAUUAGGUGGAACUUUCUCAAUAAAAUCAUAUGUGUAUAGCUUUGGUGUGAUUCUUCUUGAGAUAAUCAGUGGAACAGAGAACACAGGAUUUUAUCAAUCCCAACAAACUUUCAGCCUCAUAAGUUAUGCAUGGAAACUGUGGACAGAAAACAAGGCUUUGGAACUAAUGGACAAGACUUUGGAUGACAGUUGCAACAAAAGUCAAUUUAUUAAGUGUGUCAAUGUUGGGCUAUUACUCCUAAACAACCAGCCUCUCUCUUUAGGAGAGGCAACAACUCCAGCAGAGCUGCUUCUAAUGUCGGUCACACGGCCAAACGUGGUAAUUGUAAAAGCCCUCUCAACUAUAUAA